AGGAAGCGGACUCUCCCUUCUCUCAGGGCUGAAGGUGGGACGACAGGGGCUGCUCAGGUUGUCUUGGUCCCCGCACUCGGAAGUAACUUAACUACUAAACUACACUUUUUUUGUGGAGACGGGUUGGAAGAAAGAGUGAAGAAGAAGGCCCAACGCAGUGAGAUGACUGAAGGGUCCUACCGGGAAAGGAGAACGCGUGGACUAGAAAGCUGCACCUGAAAUCAAGGCGGUUUUCUUAGUUUUGAUCUGGAAAGAAGGAAGUCGAAGGAGUGGAAAUGGGGAGUAAGGAGAAGUACCACUGGCAGACCCAGAAUGUGAAGGUGAGCGGCGUGGACGACAUGGUCCUGCUCUCCAAGAUCAACGAGGACGCCAUCACGGACAACCUGAAGAAGCGCUACAUGGACGACUACAUCUUCACCUACAUCGGCUCGGUCCUGAUCUCAGUGAACCCCUUCAAACAGCUGCCCUACUUCACCGACCGCGAGGUGGAGCUGUACCAGGGGGCUGCCCAGUACGAAAACCCCCCCCACAUCUACGCCCUGGCAGACAACAUGUACCGCAACAUGAUGAUCGAUACCGAGAACCAGUGUGUCAUCAUCAGCGGGGAGAGUGGAGCGGGGAAGACGGUCGCGGCCAAGUACAUCAUGAGCUACGUCUCCAAGGUGUCCGGGGGCGGAGCCAAGGUCCAGCAUGUCAAAGACAUCAUCCUGCAGUCCAACCCUCUGCUGGAGGCCUUCGGGAACGCCAAGACCGUCCGGAACAACAACUCCAGUCGCUUUGGGAAGUACUUUGAGAUCCAGUUCAGUCGUGGAGGAGAACCGGACGGAGGGAAGAUCUCCAACUUCCUGUUGGAGAAGUCGAGGGUGGUGUCGCAGAACCAGGGAGAACGCAGCUUCCACAUCUACUACCAGCUGCUGGACGGGGCCAGCAAGGAGCAGAGGGAGAACCUCGGGGUCACCACCGCCGACUACUACUUCUACCUCAACCAAUCGGCUACCUUCACCGUGGAGGACGUCAGCGACAAGAAGGACUUCGCCGAGACCAUGGAGGCCAUGGCUGUGAUUGGCCUGACGGACCUGGAGCAGGAGGCGGUCCUCCAGCUGGUGGCGGCCGUCCUCCACCUGGGGAACAUCUCCUUCAGGGAGGAGAACAACUACGCCAUGGUGGAGAGCGAGGACUUCCUGGCCUUCCCCUCCUACCUGCUGGGGAUCUCCCAGGAGGGGCUGUGCAGUAAGCUGACCAGCAGGAACAUGGACAGUAAGUGGGGGGGGAAGACGGAGUCCAUCGCGGUGACCCUGAACACGGAGCAGGCCUCCUUCAGCCGGGACGCCCUCUCCAAGGCCCUGUACUCCCGCCUCUUCGACUUCCUGGUGGACGCCAUUAAUAAAGCCAUCCAGAAAGACCAUGAUGAGUUCAACAUGGGCGUGUUGGACAUAUACGGCUUCGAGAUCUUCCAGAUCAACGGCUUUGAGCAGUUCUGCAUCAACUUUGUGAACGAGAAGCUGCAGCAGAUCUUCAUCGAGCUCACGCUCAAAGCAGAACAGGAAGAGUACGUCCAGGAGGGGAUCCGCUGGACUCCCAUCGACUACUUCAACAACAAGGUGGUGUGUGACCUCAUCGAGUCCAAGCUGAAUCCUCCUGGCAUCAUGAGUAUCCUUGACGACGUGUGCGCCACCAUGCACGCCAAGGGUGAGGGCGCCGACAUGACCCUGCUGCAGAAGCUCCAGGGAGGGAUCGGCUCCAACCAGCACUUCAGCAGCUGGAACAAGGGCUUCAUCGUGCACCACUACGCUGGCAAGGUGUCGUACGACGUCAACGGCUUCUGCGAGCGGAACAGAGACGUCCUGUUCAACGACAUCAUUGAGCUGAUGCAGAGCAGCGAGUUUGCGUUCAUCAAGAACCUGUUCCCUGAGAACCUGGAGGCUGAGAAGAGAGGGCGUCCGAGCACCGUCAGCACCAAGAUAAAGAAACAAGCCAACAACCUGGUGCAGACGCUGAUGAAGUGCACGCCUCACUACAUCCGCUGCAUCAAGCCCAACGAGACGAAGCGCGCGCGGGACUGGGAGGAGAGCCGCGUGCGCCACCAGGUGGAGUACCUCGGCCUCCGGGAGAACAUCAGGGUGCGCCGCGCCGGCUACGCCUACCGCCGCGCCUUCGCCAAGUUCCUCCAGAGGUAUGCCAUCCUGACCAAGGAGUCGUGGCCCGAGUGGCGGGGGGAGCAGCGUCAGGGGGUCCUCCACCUCCUCAGCUCGGUCCACAUGGACCAGGACCAGUACCAGCUGGGCCAGACCAAGGUCUUCGUCAAGGCCCCCGAGUCGCUCUUCCUCCUGGAGGAGAUGCGGGAGAGGAAGUUCAACGGCUACGCCCGCGUCAUCCAGAAGGCGUGGCGCAAGCACAUCGCCGUCCGCAAGAACGUCAAGAUGAGGGAGGAAGCCUCGGACGUCCUCCUGAACAAGAAGGAGCGCCGGAGGAACAGCCUGAACCGUAACUUCGUGGGCGACUACAUCGGCCUGGACAACCACCCCGAGGUGCGGCAGUUCGUGGGGCGCCGCGAGAGGAUCGACUUCGCCGACGCGGUGGUGAAGUACGACCGCCGCUUCAGGACGGUGAAGCGCGACCUCAUCCUGACCCCCAAGUUCCUGUACCUGGUGGGCAAAGAGAAGGUAAAGCAGGGCCCGGAGAAGGGUCAGAUCCAGGAGGUCCUGAAGCGGAAGAUCGAGCUGGAGAAGAUCCAGUCGCUGUCCCUCAGCACGAUGCAGGACGACUUCUUCAUCGUCCACGAGGAGCAGUACGACAGCGUGCUGGAGAGCAACUUCAAGACGGAGUUCAUCAGCCUGCUGGUGAAACGCUACGAGGAGAACGGCCAGAGGAAGCUCCCGCUCAAGUUCAACAACAUGCUGGAGUUCAAGGUGAAGAAGGGGGGCUGGGGUCCGUUCGGGGGGGCGGGCUCCAGGCAGGUCCACUUCCAGGUUGGGGGGGGCGACGAGGUGGUCCUGAAGCCCAGCGGGAAGGUCCUGAAUGUCAGCAUCGGGCCCGGGCUGCCCAAGAGCUCCAGGCCAACUCGAAGGGACAACCGCAAGAGCCGUUACCUCGGCAACCAGCCCCCCGCCGCAAGACAGCACCCAGCGGACUCCAGGUCGGCGCCCCAGUCCGGACGGGGCGGGGGCCGGGGCCAGAGGGCGGGGUCCCUGAUGCGGCAGCAGUCCUCCAUGGAGCAGCCCACCCUGCCGCGCCUGCAGGGGGGGCAGCGGAGCGCCCAGCGGGCCCCCCGCCAGCAGGACCCCCGCCAGCAGGACAUGGGCUUCAUGGGCGUCCCCGACCAGGGCGUGGCCGGGCUGGAGCGUAGGCGGUCUAAGGAGGUGAAGCCCCUCCCGGGGUCGGGGCGACCAAAGCCCGCCCCCAAGCCGCGCCCUCGCACGCCCCACUGCAAGGCGCUGUACGCCUACGACGCCCAGGACACGGACGAGCUCAGCUUCAACGCCGACGAUGUCAUCGAGAUCCUCACCGAAGACGUGUCCGGCUGGUGGUUUGGUCGUCUGAGGGGGAAAGAAGGGAUGUUUCCUGGUAACUACGUGGAGAAGAUUUAGGGUGUGGCGCCCCCAUCCCCCCCCCCCCCCCAACCAUCACCCCAGCGGCCUUCCUCCAGGGGUCAAAGGUCGACGACACAGCCCCAGCUGUUAAAGAGCAAGCAAUAUUAUUUUAUCACGAUAAGGGUCCACUUUUCAAAUGAGUGAAGAGCGAGAUGGUGGAAUUGUUUACCAGUAUUUUGCCAAAGUUGUGUCCAACUAUGAUUAGUUUACAGAAUAUAUGAUGAGCUAUGAUGACAAUGAUAACACAAGGUAAGAUUUGUGCAUUCAGGUAUAAUAUUGAUUGAUACUAAUUUGUUGUGCAUUUUGAAUAGUAAUAUCACGGAUUCACUGCCAAUGCACUCGCCAUAAUCACAAGAAUAUUGUACAUACACAAAAAACAUUCAUGCUAUACUACACUGUGUCAUGGACUUUAAAGAUAAUCAAAUGGCAUGUUAACUUUUUAAAAUCUAGUUUUUGUUUUAUGUCUUGAACACAAACCAGUUCCAUGAGGAGAGGGGACUUUCAACACACUUGAAAUGAAAAAUAAACGCUCAGAUUGUCAAUGCA